CUUUCUUUGGGCCUCAGAUUUCCCAUCAAUUUUUUAAAAAAGGAAAUGCAUGAAAAUUAAAUCCAGAUCUCUUCCAGGGUCUAAAUGAAUAGGUUUUUGAGGAGGAAGUUUAGGAGAAUGGGUUUGGUAGGGAAGCAAAGGAAAGGAUGAAGAUGGAGGCGAGGCCUUGGGCUGGGGCUGGAGAAAUCCCCACGGGUGCGGGGGGGAUGGUAGACAGAAAGCCUGCGGGCUGGGGCCGGCUAGCCUAUCCUGUUGGAGGGAUGGAAGAACUCUAAGGAGAGGAGGAGGUUGAAACCUAACUCCACAAUGAUGGAGACCAAAAGUAACACUCGCUUCAUCAGAGGGAGAGUGAUGAGAUGGCAGGAUCAGAAAGAAGCAACAGGGGCCGGGCGCGGUGGCUCAUGCCUGUAAUCCCAGCACUUUGGGAGGCCGAGGCGGGCGAAUCACCUGAGGUCAGGAGUUGGAGACCAGCCUGACCAACAUGGAGAAACCCCGUCUUUACUAAAAAUACAAAAUUAGGCGUGGUGGCGCAUGCCUGUAAUCCUAGCUACUCUGGAGGCUGAGGCGGAAGCAUCGCUUGAACCCGGGAGGCAGAGGUUGUGGUGAGCUGAGAUCGCGCCAUUGCACUCCAGUCUGGGUAACAAGAGCGAAGCUCUGUCUCCAAAAAAAAAAAAAAAAAAGCAACAGGAAGAUACUUUCUAGUAAGGCAGAUCUUUGGGGAGCAAGAGGAAGAGUAGGGCUGAUCCAGGAAAGUUGGAAACUAAGAUGGUCUUUGAAACGGAAGGGCAGGUGCUGUUUGGGGCAGCUGAAGAAGGGCCACAGGUAGAUUACAGGGUCACCAGCUGGUCUCUCGCCUUUUUUUUUUUAUGAUGGCUACCACUUUUUGAGAGAUGUGCCUCCCAGCCUUCAUCUUCAGGGAGUGGGAGUGAGUCAGAGCAAGCAGACCUUGGGAACACCUGGCUCGCUGAGGAUUUCUGGAUUGUAUAAGGAUUGGGGUUAAAAAAGAAAAAAGGAAAUGUAUCUGAAUGUAAGAAGUAUCAUCUGUGGCGCCAUCAUCCUUGCUGGGAGGCAGCUUUGUGAACUGGUUGAAAGCACAGGCUUUGGGGUCAGACUGCUUGGAUUCCAAACCUGCCUCUCCCAUUUAAUGUCUUGGAACCUUGGUCAGGUUACUUAAUCUCUGAACCUCAGUUUCUUUAUCUGUAAAAUGGGAAUAAUAAUCUCAAAGAUGGUUGCCAGGAUUAAAUGAGUGUUUGACACAGUAUCUGGCUCAUAAUAAGUGCUCAGUAAAUAUUAGCUAUUAGCUGUUAUCAUUCCCUCUUUCUGUUCUUUUCCUUCUGCCUCUCCAUUCUUGUCCUUUUCUCCUUUUAUUCUAAUGAGUGCUAAGUUCUGAGAUGCCCCUUAGAUGCAAAGUCUCAGAAGUAUUGAUUGCAUCUUUGGUGGUGGGAAAGGGGUGGCCCCUCACUGGCCGAGGUGAACAUAUGAUGAUCAGAUGAUCAAGUGUCUCUUCAUCUCUCAGCCCACAAAUGUGUUUUUGUUCUAGGGAAGACACAGGAUCUGUUUCUCUUUCAGCAACCAUUUCUGUACCCUUCCCUGUCACUAGUCAUGUCUUCAUAUUCUCACCCAGAAAUAAAAUAAAACCCAAAGUUUUAUGGCACUGCAGCAGGUAGGAGAGGGAUGGGGUGUUUCAGGAAAGCAGGGACAGAACACGGGAAGCUCAGGGAAGGAAGGGCUUUGGAAGUUCCGUAGUGGUUUAUGUUUAUUCCAUUGUUCUGUCCUCUGUGGGGAACUGUCCAGAAUAGGACAGUGUCUGAAUUCUGGCCAGAGGUCUUCAUCCCAAGUUGAAAAUGACUGUAUACAGUUAGCUUUAUUAGGUUUUCUCAUGCCAACAUUUCAUUCCAAUUUCCUUUUUCCAAGCCACAAAGACCUUUGCCAAGCUACCUCUCUCUGUCACAGCCUAUAUGUCAGAGAAUUUAUACAGAUGUACAUAUGCACACGUGUACACACUGUUUUCAAAGUGCAUUUUAGGAUAUUCCAGUAUGCAAAAAUCUAAUAAGGUUAGAGAUGAGACUGCAUUUUAUCACAGCACUUUGUGUGCAGGGCCCUGACUAAACACUUGGGGGAGGUAUAAAAGGAGAAAACUCAAUCCCUAAAUGUAGGGAAAUCCCCACAUGAGUGGGAGACAAGCAGUCCCACAUGAAACACCCAGCAAACAUUCACAGAGUAUCAUGUCACUCUGCAAAGUAGUGCAUCAUUUAUCCUGAAGGGACACAGGUAGGAGUGUGUGUAUGUGUGUGGGAUAGUCAUAAGGGUAACCUGAAGGAGGUGAAUAUUGGAUCAUCUUGAACAAAGCAUGAGACUGUAGAAUAAAAGAAAUGUGUUUCACUUGAGGGUAAUCUAACAAUUCUGUGCAAAGAGAGGAGGAGGGAAGCCAUUGAGUCAGGAUGAGCAAAAAAGAGUGUGGGGUGGCCUUCGUUGCAAGGCUUUGACUGUUAGAAGAAAGAUUUUGUAGGGUAGGCAGUCAGGAACCGGUAAGUUCUCAAUAAAAUGUUGAAUCGUUGGUGAUUUAAUCACUUAGGUUGCAGGAGAUGUACUAGAUUGCAAACAGACCUGCUUCAUGUGGCAGGAGCUUUGCUUUUAAGGGAGGAGGGCCAGAGGGCAGAUUGGAUCCAGUCCCGGUUCUGUCCCUAACCAGCGGUGCUCCUUGGACAAAUUAUUCCCUGAAAAAGGGGGAUACCUUGGGUGACUGUCAGGGUCUCCUCCAGUUCUGACAUUCUAUGUUCCCUGAAUAACUACUAGACCUAACUUACCAGUGGCCCCCUACUGUUUUGUAGGACUUGCCAAGACCAUUUAGUCAUUAAAUUAACACAUAUUUAUUAGCACCUACUUUGUACCCAUCAAUGGUGGUAAGGAAAACACAAUGGGAACUGGAUAUGAGGUGAGCAAAAACAGAUGAAGUCCCUGCCCUUCAGUGUUUUCAGUCUAGUAGGGGCCACGGAUAUUAUAUUUCAUUAAUUCUGAGACUCGUAUUUGAACAUUUGUCAAGUCAGGAUGCAUCUUCAAAUUGACAGGAUAUUGUAAUUUAAUUGGCAGCAUUUGUUUUUUAUUCAUGCCAAAUAGAAGAAUAAUAUAAUCAGGAUUAUACAAAUAACUAUAAAAUUCUAAUGAAUAAUUGCUGAAGGAGAAGGUACAUGGUGUUGUACAAGUAUAUAGAAGAGGGCUGUGACUAGUUCAGGGAGUUGGGAAAAGCUUUCGUGAAGAAAUGAUUGGUAGAUGUGAAGUGUAUGUAGGCAAGGUGUGUGGGGUUGGCAGGGCCAACCCAGUUUUCUCAGGCAAAGGUGGAUGCCUGAGGUGGGAGUGCUGAGAGAAGGUGAGUAGGGCUGGAGCUGAGACCCAGGAGCUCAGCAUGGGGGAGGUUGGCAAGGUAGCUGGGUAGCAGACCCCCUCAGAGCCUUACUGCUCAGGGGGUUUACUAUUUACCCUAAGAGCAGUGGGAAGCCAUUGAAGAGUUUUAAGCAGGGGACUAACAGUCUGAGGUGCACUUUGAAGAGCUUGUUAUAGCUGCCGAUUGGAGUGGAUGUGGGGAAAACAGUUGGGAGGUCACUGCAAUUAGAUGAAAAAAGAUGGUGGCUUGGGCAAGAUGGGUGGUGGAAAAGGAAAUGGAGAGAAAUGGAUAGAUUCAAGAAAUCUUGAGGAGGUAAAGUUAACAAGACUUGGUGAUUUAUUGGCAAGGAAGAGGGAGUUGUGGAGAGUGACUCAUAGGUUUCCAUUUGGACAACUGAAUGGUGUGGUGCCAGUCUCUGAGACGGGCUCCCCUGGAGCCUGGUAGGACCCAAAGAUGUUAGAGAGGCUCCUGAGGCAGCUUGAGAUGGGAAAGUGUGACACAGAAAAUUGUAUUUCCUCCACUAUUGAUUAGUUUCUGACUUCCCAUGCUGAGGAAAGCAUCAGGGGCAAGAGCAAGUCUGAAUACAGAACUAAAGCAGUUGAGCACUUAGAAAAGGUGAGUCACAUUGGAGUAGUUUAGCUCAUACCCUUUUCUUCUUAGGACAAGAUGGACAGUUUUUUUUUGUUGUUGUUGUUUUGUCUUUUUGAGAGUGUCUCACUCUGUCACCCAGGCUGGAGUGCAGUGGUGCAGUCUCAGCUCAAUGCAACCUCCACCUCCUGGGUUCAAGCAAUUCUCGUGCCUCAGCCUCCCCAGUAGCUGAGACUACAGGCGUGCACCACCACACCUGGCUAAUUUUUGUAUUUUUAGUAGAGGUUUCACCAUGUUGGCCAAGCUGGUCUCGAACUCCUGACCUCAGGUGAUCUGCCCACUUGGCCUCCCAAAGUGCUGGGAUUACAGGCAUGAGCCACCGCACCAAGCCAGGAACAUAAUUUUUUUUUUUUUUUUUUUUUUGGAGACGAAAUCUUGCUCUGUCGUCCAGGCUGGAGUUGGAGUGCAGUGGCGCCUUGGCUCACUGCAAGCUCCGCCUCCCGGGUUCACCUCAUUCUCCCACCUCUCCCGAGUAGCUGGGACUACAGGCGCCUGCCAUCAUGCCUGGCUAAUUUUGUUUUUGUUAUUUCUAGUAGAGACAGGAUGUCACCGUGUUGGCCAGGAUGGCCUCGAUCUCCUGACCUCAUGAUCUGCCCACCUCAGCCUCCCAAAGUGCUGGGAUUACAGGUGUGAGCCACUGCGCCCGGCUAGGAACAGAUAUUUUAAAGUCGGUUCCCGAUUCUGGUCCCCGGCCCCCAGCAGCGCCUGCCCCCUUCCCACCGGGGCCCCCCAUGAUGCCACCACCCUUCGACACACUGGGGCUGGAGAUGCCCCCUCCAGGGAUCCCCCCACCCUUUCCUCCGAUGGGGCUUCCCCCCAUGAGUCAGAGACCACCAGCUAUCCCCCCCAUGCCACCUGGCAUCCUGCCCCCAAUGCUUCCACCAAUGGGGGCACCACCACCACUCACACAGAUACCAGGAAUGGUACCUCCGAUGAUGCCAGGAAUGCUGAUGCCAGCGGUGCCUGUCACCGCAGCGACGGCUCCAGGUGCGGACACCGCCAGCUCUGCUGUAGCUGGGACAGGCCCUCCGAGGGCCCUAUGGAGUGAGCAUGUGGCCCCAGAUGGGCGCAUCUACUACUACAAUGCUGACGACAAGCAGUCCGUGUGGGAGAAGCCCAGCGUGCUCAAGUCCAAGGCAGAGCUGCUCCUGUCCCAGUGUCCCUGGAAAGAGUACAAGUCGGACACAGGCAAACCUUAUUACUAUAACAACCAGAGUAAAGAGUCUCGCUGGACCCGGCCCAAGGAUCUGGAUGACCUAGAGGCAGUUCUAGUCAAACAAGAGGCUGCAGGGAAACAGCAGCAGCAGCUGCCACAGACACUUCAGCCACAGCCACCUCAGCCACAGCCUGACCCCCCACCUGCACCUCCUGGCCCCACCCCAGUGCCCACAGGCCUCCUGGAACCUGAGCCAGGUGGGAGUGAAGAUUGUGAUGUGUCGGAGGCCACCCAGCCCCUGGAACAGGGGUUCCUGCAGCAGCUGGAGGAGGGCCCCAGCAGUUCUGGACAGCAUCAGCCACAGCAGGAGGAGGAGGAAUCAAAGCCAGAACCAGAGAGGUCUGGCCUCAGUUGGAGCAACCGGGAGAAGGCAAAGCAGGCAUUCAAGGAACUGCUGAGGGACAAGGCUGUCCCCUCCAAUGCCUCAUGGGAACAGGCCAUGAAGAUGGUGGUCACCGACCCCCGUUACAGUGCCUUGCCUAAACUGAGUGAAAAAAAGCAGGCAUUCAAUGCCUACAAGGCGCAGCGGGAGAAGGAGGAGAAGGAGGAAGCCCGGCUAAGGGCCAAAGAGGCCAAGCAGACCCUGCAGCAUUUCCUGGAGCAGCAUGAACGCAUGACCUCCACCACCCGCUACCGGCGGGCAGAACAGACCUUUGGGGAGCUGGAGGUCUGGGCUGUGGUCCCUGAGAGGGAUCGAAAAGAGGUUUAUGAUGAUGUCCUCUUCUUCCUGGCCAAGAAGGAGAAGGAACAGGCCAAGCAGCUCCGGCGCCGCAAUAUCCAGGCCCUAAAGAGCAUCCUGGAUGGGAUGAGUAGUGUCAACUUCCAAACCACGUGGUCCCAGGCCCAGCAGUACCUCAUGGAUAACCCCAGCUUUGCUCAGGACCAUCAGCUGCAGAACAUGGACAAGGAAGAUGCACUGAUCUGUUUCGAGGAGCACAUCCGAGCUUUGGAGAGGGAAGAGGAGGAGGAACGGGAGCGGGCCCGGCUUCGGGAGCGACGCCAACAACGCAAGAAUCGGGAGGCCUUCCAGACCUUCCUGGACGAGCUGCAUGAGACAGGGCAGCUGCACUCUAUGUCCACCUGGAUGGAGCUAUAUCCAGCAGUCAGCACUGAUGUCCGCUUUGCCAACAUGCUGGGCCAGCCGGGCUCCACCCCUCUGGACUUGUUCAAGUUCUAUGUGGAGGAGUUGAAGGCACGAUUCCAUGAUGAAAAGAAGAUCAUUAAGGAUAUCCUUAAGGACCGGGGCUUCUGCGUGGAGGUGAACACAGCCUUUGAGGACUUCGCCCACGUCAUAAGCUUUGACAAGAGGGCUGCUGCACUGGACGCAGGCAACAUCAAGCUGACCUUCAAUAGUCUGCUGGAGAAAGCAGAGGCACGGGAGAGGGAACGGGAGAAGGAGGAGGCACGCAGGAUGCGGCGCAGGGAAGCUGCCUUUCGAAGCAUGCUGAGGCAGGCUGUACCUGCUCUGGAGCUAGGCACUGCCUGGGAAGAGGUCCGUGAGCGUUUUGUGUGUGACUCAGCCUUUGAGCAGAUCACCCUGGAGUCGGAGCGGAUCCGGCUCUUCCGGGAGUUCCUACAGGUGCUGGAGCAGACUGAAUGCCAGCACCUCCACACCAAAGGCCGAAAGCAUGGCAGGAAAGGCAAGAAGCACCAUCGCAAGCGCUCCGACUCACCCUCAGGCUCUGAGUCAGAAGAAGAGGAGCUGCCCCCACCAUCUCUCCGGCCCCCCAAGCGGAGGAGGCGGAACCCCUCAGAGUCAGGCUCUGAGCCCUCUUCCUCACUUGAUUCAGUUGAAAGUGGGGGUGCUGCCCUUGGAGGACGGGGCUCCCCUUCCUCCCAUCUUCUUGGAGCAGAUCAUGGCCUUCGGAAAGCCAAGAAACCAAAAAAGAAAACUAAGAAGAGAAGACACAAGUCGAAUAGUCCUGAGAGUGAGACAGACCCCGAGGAGAAAGCUGGCAAGGAGAGCGAUGAGAAAGAACAAGAACAGGACAAGGACAGGGAGCUCCAGCAGGCAGAGCAUCCUAACCGUUCCCCAGGCUUUGGAAUCAAGAAGGAGAAGACAGGCUGGGACACGUCAGAAAGUGAGCUGAGCGAGGGUGAGCUGGAGAGGCGGCGGCGGACACUCCUACAGCAGCUGGACGAUCACCAGUGACCCAAUGAGCUGUUCUCUGCCUCGGGUCUGUGUGAGGCCAUGACUCCUGGGCCACCCUCACCGUCUGCCUCAGACUUCUUCCUUAGUCUGGUCUGUGUCCACUUUUUCUAAAGUAACCCCACCCCCAGCACACCAUUGUUGGCACCUCUCAAGGUUGCUCUUGGUGUUCAAGGGUCCCCUACUCCCUGGACUAGUGCAGUCCUUGCCCUCAGCCCCAGACCAGAGAUGGGUGGUAUAUGCCAUGUGGGGUGGGUGAUGCCAGUAGAUAAAAGUGUGAGAGAAGGGGUCUCCAGGGAAGAGUCACAGGCUGUUGGACACCGCCUGGAUGGCAGAGGGCAGGGUCAUCACUCUCUAGCAUCAGUGCCUGCUCCUGCCUGCCCUGGCCCUGAGGCUCCACCACUUCUUCCUCCACCCAGGACCUAAUGUACGUGUGUUUUGUUUUUUGUUUUUUAAAUAACAAUAUUUAUAACAUG